CUUGCGGUUAGCUUUACUAAAUGAAGCAAAAGAGGUGCGAGCAGCAGGAUUGCGCGCCCUUCGCUAUCUCAUUCGAGACUCCAGUAUUCUCCAAAAGGUGCUAAAGUUGAAAGUGGAUUACCUGAUUGCCCGGUGCAUUGACAUACAGCAGAGUAAUGAAGUAGAAAGAACACAAGCACUUCGAUUAGUCCGAAAGAUGAUUACUGUGAAUGCUUCAUUGUUCCCCAGUUCUAUUACUAAUUCUUUGAUAGCAGUUGGAAAUGAUGGUCUUCAAGAAAGAGACAGAAUGGUUCGAGCAUGUAUUGCCAUUAUUUGUGAACUAGCACUUCAGAAUCCUGAGGUGGUGGCUCUUCGGGGUGGUUUAAGUACCAUCCUGAAAAAUGUGAUCGAUUGUCAGCUAAGCCGAAUAAAUGAAGCUUUGAUAACUACCGUUUUGCACCUCAUUAAUCAUCCAAAGACCCGUCAGUAUGUGCGAGCAGAUGUAGAGUUAGAGCGAAUUUUAGCUCCUUACACAGAUUUUCACUACAGGCAUAAUCCAGACACAGCAGAAGGACAGCUCAAAGAGGACAGAGAAGCACGGUUCCUAGCCAGUAAAAUGGGAAUUGUGGCAGCAUUUCGAUCAUGGGCAGGUAUUAUUAGUCUGUGCAAACCUGGAAAUUCUGGGAUUCAGUCUCUCAUUGGGGUACUUUGUAUACCAAAUAUGGAAAUACGGCGAGGUCUGCUUGAGGUUCUCUAUGACAUUUUUCGUCUUCCUCUCCCUGUUGUUUCAGAAGAAUUUAUUGAGGCACUUCUUAGCGUAGAUCCAAGCAGAUUUCAGGACUGCUGGAGACUCUCUGAUGGCUUUGUAGCUGCUGAAGCUAAAACUAUAUUACCCCAUAGAGCCAGGUCAAGGCCUGAUCUCAUGGAUAAUUAUUUGGCUUUAGUGCUUUCAGCUUUUAUUACCAAUGGACUUCUGGAGGGUCUUGUAGAAGUGAUCACCAGUAGUGAUGACCAUGUAUCUGUUAGAGCAACUAUCCUUUUGGGAGAACUUCUGCAUAUGGCAAACACAAUUCUUCCUCAUUCUCACAGUCAUCACCUGCACUGCUUACCAACGCUAAUGAAUAUGGCAGCAUCUUUUGACAUCAUGAAAGAGAAAAGAUUACGAGCAAGUGCUGCACUAAAUUGCUUAAAACGAUUUCACGAGAUGAAGAAAAGAGGACCUAAACCUUACAGUCUUCAUUUAGAUCAUAUUAUUCAGAAAGCAAUCUCAACCCAUCAAAAAAGGGAUCAAUACCGUGUGCAGAAAGACAUUGUUAUUUUAAAGGAUACGGAAGAAGCACUGGUCAUGAAUCUGCGAGACAGCCAGGUUCUCAACCAUAAGGAGAAUCUUGAGUGGAACUGGAAUCUGAUAGGGACCAUACUGAAGUGGCCAAAUGUAAAUCUAAGGAACUAUAAAGAUGAACAAUUGCAAAGGUAUGAUGGACAAGGUUAUCUGGAGGAGCUGGUUAAGGAUAUUGUUAACUGGCUCAACUCUUCAUCAGGAAUGAAACCUGAACGAAGUCUUCAAAAUAAUGGGUUACUAAAUACCCUUAGUCAGCACUAUUUUCUGUUUUUUGGUACUCUUUCUUGUCACCCUCAUGGAGUCAAAAUGCUUGAAAAAUGUAACGUGUUUCAGUGUCUUCUUAAUCUUUGUUCUUUGAAGAACCAAGAUCAUUUGUUAAAACUGACUGUGUCUAGUUUGGAUUACAGCAGAGAUGGCUUAGCAAGAGUCAUCCUUUCUAAAAUUCUGACAGCAGCUACGGAUAGCUGCAGGCUGUAUGCAACAAAACAUUUACGAGUAUUACUGAGAGCAAAUGUAGAGUUCUUCAGCAACUGGGGGAUUGAGUUACUGGUGACCCAGUUACACGAUAAAAACAAAACUAUUUCUUCUGAGGCACUAGAUAUUCUAGAUGAGGCAUGUGAAGACAAGGCCAAUCUUCAUGCCCUUAUCCAAAUGAAACCAGCUCUAUCUCACCUUGGAGACAAGGGUUUGCUUCUACUCCUAAGGUUUCUGUCCAUUCCAAAGGGGUUUUCAUAUCUGAAUGAAAGAGGUUAUGUAACAAAGCAAAUGGAAAAAUGGCAAAAGGAGUAUAACUUAAAGUAUGUUGAGUUGAUUGAAGAACAACUAAAUGAAGCACUUACAACGUAUCGCAAACCUGUUGAUGGUGAUAACUAUGUUCGUAGGAGCAACCAAAGAUUACAGAGACCACAUGUCUACCUGCCAGUUCACCUUUAUGGCCAACUGGUGCACCAUAAAACAGGCUGCCAUUUAUUGGAGUCUCAGAGUAUUGUUACAGAUCUGAGUUACACUGUUCGUUCUCCAAUGCUGGAUAAGUGGGAAGGAAUUAAGCAGCUGAAAGCAGCCCUUUGGGCUUUGGGUAACAUUGGAUCAUCAAAUUGGGGUCUUAACUUGCUUCAAGAGGAGAAUGUAAUUCCAGAUAUAAUGGCACUUGCCCAACAUUGUGAGGUUCUCUCCGUUAGAGGAACCUGUGUCUACGUGCUUGGUCUAAUAGCCAAAACUAAACAAGGAUGUGACAUUUUGAAGCAUCACAACUGGGAUGCAGUAAGACAUAGUCGUAGACAGCCUUGGCCAGUGGUUCCUGAUGACAUGGAGCAGCUCUGCAAUGAACUUUCUUCUAUACCCAGCACUCUUAGCUUAAACUCUGAGUCCACCAGUUCUAGGCAUAACAGUGAAAGCGAAUCUGCACCUUCCAGUAUGUUCAUCAUGGAAGAUGAUCGUUUUGGUAGUACUUCCACUAGUACAUUUUUCCUAGAUAUUACAGAAGAUGCAGAACAAAUAUUUUACGACAGACCUGGUCCUUCAAAGGAGAAAGACCGUAGUCCUUUUCCCUUUUUUUCAUCUAGCAGAAUUGUGAAAAAUCGCAUUCUAAACUCUCUUACUCUACCUAAUAAAAAACACAGAAGUAGCAGUGAUCCAAAAGGAGGAAAGCUGACAUCAUCUGACAGUAAAUCAAGCCUGAGGCGAAAUCGUACCGUAACAGAGCCUUCCUUAGACUUUCCUUCUGGAGAAGAAUUCAACCCUGUUUUCAGAGUUCCAAAAAUUCAGACUUUACCAACAGAAACUUCCAUGUGUUUACUUCCAACAAAAGAGGAUACUGAUAGCACCCCAAGUAUUGGAGAAAAUGAUUUGAAGCUGCCAAAAGGUCUUGGAAAUGAAAUUCACCGAGAAAACACAAGCAGAGAAAGGCUAAUAGGGGAUGGUACUACACAAACACAUUUCAAGAGUCGUAGUUUAAGUUUUAAUACAGAUACAACAACAAGUGGCAUAAGUUCAAUGAGUUCUAGCCCUUCAAGAGAGACUGUAGGUGUGGACACUACAAAUGUAGACACUGACUGUGGAAGUUUGAGUACGGUGGUAAGCACAAAAACAGUUAAACCUAGUCACUGCUCAACACCACAGUCUAACCAUCUGCCUCUCUCAAAAUCAAACUCUGUGUCCCUGGUACCACCAGGGUCUUCUCAUACACUUCCUCGGAGAGCCCAGUCUCUUAAAGCUCCUUCUCUUGCUACAAUAAAAAGUCUUGCUGACUAUAAUUUCAGCUACACAAGUUCUCGAGAUGCCUUUGGUUAUGCUACACUAAAACGCUUACAGCAGCAGAGGAUGCAUCCUUCACUGUCUCAUUCAGAAGCUUUAGCAUCUCCAGCAAAGGACGUGCUUUUUACUGACACUAUUACCAUGAAGUCUGGUAGCCUGGAUUCUCGGCUAACCCCAAGCCGGUUCAUGAAAGCUUUAAGUUAUGCUUCAUUAGAUAAGGAAGAUUUAUUAAGUCCUAUUAACCAAAACACACUUCAGCGUUCUUCCUCUGUUCGCUCCAUGGUUUCUAAUGCUACGUAUGGAAGCUCUGAUGAUUACAUUGGCCUUGCUCUCCCAGUGGAUAUCAAUGAAAUAUUUCAGGUAAAAGAGACCCCAUAUUUCCAGAAGAAAACUACACCUCCAUUUGAUGACCGUGGAGCAAGAGUUUUUGCACCUGAGGCAGGAGGUCUUCCAUCAGGCACUAGUGAUGCUGUCAAAAGUCCUUUUCAGAUGCUCCGACAGCAGAUCAGUCUCACAGAAAUAAUGAAUACCAGCCGUUCAGAUGCCUCUCAGUUUUUAGAAAACACAGAGGAUACUGGAUUACAGGAGCACACAGAUGAGAACUGCCUUUAUUGUGUCUGCAUUCAAAUUCUGGGUUAUCAGCCUAAUAACAAAGUGAACUCUUCAUAUAAUCGUACAGAUUUCUCAGACAUUCCAUAUACUGACUGGUGUGGGCAGACCAUACACAAUCACUUAGAUGUGCAUUCCUCCAAAUUUUCUGGAAUUUCAGGCUGUAGUGAUGCAGUAUCCCACGGUUCAGCCAGCAGCACCAAGAGUACAGAGCUUGUACUAGGAGUAAAAUCAAUCCCAGAUGAUACGCCAGUGUGCAGAAUACUUCUCCGGAAAGAGGUCUUACGUCUAGUAAUCAAUUUGAGUAGUUCAGUGGGAACUAAGGGCCAUGAAACUGGACUCCUGACAAUUAAGGAGAAGUAUCCUCAAGCAUUUGAUGACAUAUGCCUGUAUUCUGAGGUGUCCUACUUGCUAGCACAUUUGUGUACAGUUCAUGUCUAUGGGCAUUAA